AUGGCAAACUUGGGUCUCCAGUUGUUAGGUUAUUUCCUGGCCUUGGGUGGCUGGAUUGGAAUAAUUUCCACCACAGCUUUGCCCCAGUGGAAGCAAUCAUCAUAUGUGGGUGAUGCAAUUAUCACCGCUGUGGGUCUGUAUGAAGGGCUGUGGAUGAGUUGCGCCUCACAGAGCACAGGACAGGUCCAAUGCAAGAUCUUUGACUCGAUGCUUUCUCUUGACAUCCAUAUCCAGACAUGUCGUGCCCUAAUGGUCGUGUCAGUACUGCUUGGCCUUUUCGGCAUCAUCAUCAGUGUGAUUGGCAUGAAGUGCACAAAAGUGGGAGAUAAUAACCCGACAGUCAAGACACGUAUUGCAGUGACUGGAGGAGCUCUCUUCCUAUUUGCAGGUUUGUGUACAUUGGUUUCUGUUUCCUGGUACGCAACACAGGUGUCUUAUCAGUUCUUCAACCCAAAUACUCCACCCAAUGCAAGGUAUGAGUUUGGCUCAGCCCUCUUUGUGGGCUGGGCAGCAGCAAGUCUGACUGUACUAGGGGGCUUUUUGCUGUGUUGUUCCUGCUCCAAAGAGGACAUGCAGGGCCAGCAGUAUUAUCGCCAGUCACAGCCAUCCACAGCCAGGGAGGCAGAGUUGUUGAGUGAAACUAGUUUCCCUGACUGA